AUGAGUGGAUUCAAUGAAUUUAUUGGAAAUUUCUCACUCAAUAUUAUUUCAGAAGGAGAGCCAUUGUUAUAUAGUGGACAGUUAGCCUCCGAUUCAUCGGUUGUAGAUAUAACUGAAUCCAUUAUGUCUAAUUUGAAACCUAUUACAAUAAACGGGACACAAAUAUAUGGCUUAAAAACAGAGAAAAUACCUAUUAGUUCAAGUCUCAUAGCAUUUCAAGUGGUAUUCAGAAAGCAAACAAAAGUAAUAAUUGACUUUAAGGUCGUAAAACAUUUGAAUGAGAAGUUGGAAAAAGUCAGUGAUUAUGAUAAUGACAUGAAAGAGAGAAUAAACCUUUUCGGACAAGAAUUUGACACAAAAUUUGAUUUAAAAGGAAAAGGAUUUAAUGAAAAACAGAUUACGUUCGCGCAGUCAGUAUUGAGUGAAAUGUUGGGAAAUAUUGGAUAUUUCAACGGAAACCAAUCGGUUACCUCUCCGGGUAUGGCAUCACCCAAAUGGUACGGGCCAUUAGAAAUGUUAUCAGCCGUUCCCUCGCGACCAGUGUUUCCGCGGCCUUUCCUAUGGGACGACGGCUUUCAUAAUCUAUUGAUUCAGCGGUGGAACAGUUCUCUGACACUGAAGAUAAUGAACUCGUGGUUUAAUAUCAUGAAUAUUGACGGUUGGAUUCCCCGGGAGAUUGUAAUCGGGAGUGAGUCCGUUGCAAAACACGGCACAAUCCAUACACAACCAGAUACCGACGCUAACCCGCCGUCCUUUCUAUUAACCAUCGAUACACUUAUGAGAAACAAACAAAUGGAUGUCCAGUCCCUAAAGGAUAUAUACCCGAGACUUAAAGCAUGGUUUCACUGGUAUAACACUACACAAAGUGGUGAACUGAGCAGUACUUUUAGAUGGAGGGGUAGGGGUGCUAAUAAAGAUAACCGAGAAUUAAACCCAGAUACUCUAACCUCUGGACUCGAUGACUACCCCCGGGCCACACAUCCCACUGAUAAAGAAUACCAUUUAGACCUUCGCUGUUGGAUAUGGUUGGCCGCGGAUAUCAUGUCACGUAUAGCCAAUGUUGUUGGAGACUCUCACAUGAGUGGUCAAUACAUAGAGACUGCGGACUUGUUGGCCGACAAUAGCCUAUUAGAGAGACUUCAUUGGUCUGAAUCAGACAAAGCGUAUUGUGAUUACGGAUAUCACUCCACAAACGUGUCAUUAGUUGAGGACGGGUCCGGACAUUACGUCCGAAAGGUGUGGACUCCACCCACGUAUCAAUUGACUUGUGAUCAGUUGGGUUAUGUCAACCUCUUUCCCUUCAUGUUUGGUAUAAUAGACGCUAAUAAUACAAAAUUGGGUUAUAUUUUGGACUCAAUUCAUAACUCAUCGCAAAUGUGGACAAACUAUGGUUUGAGAUCAUUGUCUAAAACCAGUUUCUAUUAUAAUAAGUAUAACAGUGAACAUGAAGAGCCAUACUGGAGGGGUAACAUAUGGAUCAACAUUAAUUAUCUAAUGCUCCGGGGUCUUAGACAUUAUGCCGAUAUCCCGGGUCCUAAUCAGUCAAAAGCGGCGCUUAUUUAUAGAGAGUUACGAAAUAAUAUAAUUGAGAAUAUGUUCACAGAAUAUGAGAGGACGGGCUUUGUUUGGGAACAGUAUAACGAUAUGACUGGUAAGGGUCAGGACUCCCACCCCUUCUCGGGCAAUUCAACGGAUGUGAACAUACCGUUUGACCACCACUUCCAUACCGAACCCAUACUGCCAUUCAAUACUUGGGGUUCAUUUCGUGCCAUUCCAUACUUCGGUCUCCAGACUUCAUCACCAGAUUCACCACUUAUUGGUUUGGUUUGGUUUAACAAUAGCGCCAAUAAUGUGUCUGCGCUUCACGUGAGACACUGGUGUGAACAGGAUGAUGGACUGACCUAUGGCUGGAAAUAUCAUAACUUCGAUGACUUUGGAUUUCAGACUAUUAAAGAUAAUGACUAUAAUUUUAAUACUAGCUUUAUUAAAUAUGCAGCUGAUAAUUGGAAAGCACUGGUAUCUGUAAACCAAACAAAUGCUAAACCCAUAAAUUCAAAUAACGACAGUAUUUCGCUGAUCAUCUACCUGUCCAUUCAAAGGGAUAAGGAUGUGAUUCACAUCAAUGGCUAUAAUUCAAGUUCUAUACAAAUCACUGGAUUCAAUGAAUUUAUAGGAAAUUUCUCACUCAAUAUUACUUCACAAGGAGAUCCAGUCUUAUAUAGUGGACAGUUAGACAGUGACUCAUCGAUUGUGGAUGUAAUCAAAGAAAUUAAAUCUAAUUUGACACCAAUUAUAGUAAACGGGACACAAAUAUAUGGAUUAAAAACACAAAAAGUACCCAGUCGUUCACAACUUAUAGCAUAUCAAGUGGUGUUCAGAGAGCAAACAAAACUGAUGAUUGAAUUUAAUGUGAAAAAUCAAUUAAAGGAAAAGCUAUCAAAUGUCGGCGAUUAUGAUAAUGACAUGAAAGAGAGAAUACGACUUUUCGGACAAGAAUUUGAUACAAAGUUUGGUUUAAAGGGAAAGGGAUUUAACGAGAAACAGAUUACGUUCGCGCAGUCAGUAUUGAGCGAAAUGUUGGGAAGCAUUGGAUAUUUCAACGGAAACCUAUCGGUCGACUCACCCGGUAUGGGAUCACCGAAAACCUACGGACCGCUAGAGAUGUUAUCAGCCGUUCCCUCGCGACCAGUGUUUCCGCGGCCUUUCCUAUGGGACGAAGGCUUUCAUAAUCUGUUGAUUCAGCGGUGGAACAGUUCGCUGACACUGAAGAUAAUGAACUCGUGGUUUAAUAUCAUGAAUAUUGACGGUUGGAUUCCCCGGGAGAUUGUCAUCGGAAACGAGUCGAUCGCCAAAUUUGGAUCCGUUAACACCCAGACCGAUGUCAACGCCAAUCCGCCGUCCUUUCUAUUAACCAUUGAUACUCUCAUUAAAAACAAACAAAUUGAUGUCCAGUUCCUUAAGAACAUAUAUCCAAGGCUUAAGGCAUGGUUUCAAUGGUAUAACACUACACAAAGUGGUGAACUGAUUGGCACAUACCGAUGGAGGGGCAGAAACCCUGAAAUGGGAAAAAUCUCAUUGAACCCUGAUACUCUGACCUCAGGACUCGAUGACUUCCCGCGAGCUACACAUCCUACUGAUCAGGAAUAUCAUUUAGACCUUCGAUGUUGGAUAUGGUUGGCCGCCGAUAUCAUGUCACGUAUAGCUGAUACAGUGGCCGACUCUCAAAUGAAAGCCCAAUACGAAGGAACGGCUCACUUGUUGGCCGACAAUAGCCUAUUAGAGAAACUCCAUUGGUCUGAAUCAGACAAAGCGUAUUGUGAUUAUGGAUAUCACUCCACAAACGUGUCAUUAGUUAAAGAGUCCGGGCAUUAUAUACGGAAGGUGUGGACUCCACCCAAGUAUCAGCUGACGUGUGAUCAGUUGGGUUAUGUCAACCUCUUUCCCUUCAUGUUUGGCAUAAUCGAUGCAAAUAAUACAAAAUUGGGUUAUAUUUUGGACUCAAUUCAUAACUCAUCGCAAAUGUGGACAAACUAUGGCUUGAGAUCCAUAUCUAAAACGAGUUUCUAUUACAAUAAGUUUAACAGCGAAUGGGAAAUGCCAUACUGGAGGGGUCCCAUAUGGAUCAACAUUAAUUAUCUAAUGCUCCGGAGUCUUAGACAUUAUGCCGAUAUCCCGGGUCCUAAUCAGUCAAAAGCGGCGCUAAUUUACAAAGAGUUACGAAAUAAUAUAAUUGAGAAUAUGUUCACAGAAUAUGAGAGGACGGGCUUUGUUUGGGAACAGUANCACUGGUCAACAUUCCCAUCCCUUUGUGGGCUGGUCUGGGGUUGUGGUACUUAUUAUGUCUGA